ACGGAAUUUGAAAGCUGAAAAAUUUACUCGAAUCUAUCAUUCUCUCUGAAAAUUGAAAAACAAAUUCGCAUUCAUGAAUACUUCCUCAGAUGUACGUGAUAUACGGGAAAUGCAUUUGUCUCCGGUCUGUCAAUAUUGAUCCUAUCAAGCGAUAGCAAUGCGUCAUUCAUUUGCUUUCUGUCUCUGUCUUUUAUUUCCCCUUGCGAAAGUGAGAUUCACUAUUUCAAGUGGCGAGUGCUGAAAUAAUCGCAUAAACUUACUGCAGCAAUGUUCGAAAGGGGAACGGGAGGGAACUCAAAAGAAAGGUGGUGAAGGUAAAUGAAAUGAGCAAUAAGCCAAGGGAGGAAAACGACAUCGUGUACAAUCGGUAGCCAUCUCUAAGACGUUUUAUCAUAAAAACCCCAACGACUGGCUCGUCAAAAAACUCCUGAGAUUACCGUGCCGAUGAUGAAUAACUCCAACGAAUCAACCGUCCCUGACGAAGAGGAUCCCGACUUCGAAAUAGAAAUGGAUGACGUCGCAAAGAUAGUCACCAUUAGUGCAUACGCGAUCAUCUUCCUGCUUUCAUUCCUGGGUAAUUCAUUCGUCAUCCACAUUGUGCGCACUCGUGUGAGCAUUCGGCGCAACCCCUUUAACUGGCUCUUAGUCAACACUGCUGUAGCUGAUCUUUUGAAUGUGACCACAGCCUCUGCCCUCACGGUGCCAUUCAUCUUGUGUGACAACCGAUGGAUAUCAGGCGUACUAGGCGCGAUCCUGUGCAAGUUGACGGCGUAUUUGUUACCGGUUUCCAUCUGUGUUUCAAUCUGGAGCCUCGCCAUCAUUGCUAUCGAUCGAUAUCUAGCUAUUGUGGGCACAGAUUGGAGGAGUAAUAGGGAGCCAAUGUCGCACAGGUCUGUGAAAAAGUCCAUCGUUGCCGUGUGGCUAUCCGCAGGCUUCAUAUUUAGUGGGGAACUUUACAAGUUUACGGUAGACGUGGAGGAGGGGGAAAACGCUGAAUGCCAUCACCAGUGGCACCGUUUGAGGCCUGAGCUUUCGGAUUUUCUUUAUCGAGUUGAAAUGAUCGUCAGAUUCGUCAUCAACUAUGCUGUUCCACUACUCAUCAUUUCAGUCCUGUACUCAUUGAUAGCCAGAUUCCUCUGGACACACAAGCCACCGGGAAAUGCCACAUUACAAGUGCAUGUCAAGCGAACAAGAAAACACCGUGCGGUCAUCAAGAUGCUGGUUACAGCUGUUGUCGUUUUCGCCCUUUGCUGGCUUCCCGUUCAUAUCGCUCACAUAAUGGAACAAUUUUACACUGAUAUCUACUACACGAUUCCCCUGAGUACCCUGGUGAUUAUGUACUGGCUGGCGCAUGCUAAUGCUGCAAUCCAUCCCUGGUUGUUCAUUUCCUUUGGCGAGAACUUACGAAUGGAGACGAAAGGAAUACUCCGGCAUCUUAGCAGCAGAAGCACCAAUGUUUUUGACCAGUUCAGUAAACGAACAUUUUCCCUACCAACACUGUCUAGUGAUCCAAGUAUGGCUCGCGGGGCCAACACAACAAAACGCGAUUCGUUCGUCGCUAUAAACGCCGUUUGAUUUUAAUUUCUUUCGUAAAGUCACGGUCUGCUUGAUAAAUUGAGAGCCAUGACAUAUCACAGACGCUCUGUUCAUCAUCCUAGCUACGGAUUUUUUUCCAAAGUUUAGUUGACAGAGUUUGGAUUUUUUUCGAUAAGUAAACUCACAUUUAAAUUGGUUUUUACUACAUCCGCAUGAAAACUGAAGGGAGUAGGGUUACAUCUAAUUUUUCUGCGAUGACUAAUUCAUUUAAAAUUGUCUCUAAUAGUACUUGCAUUAGAAACAGGCAUACAUGAAGUACGUAGCUUAAAAGCUGGCUUUGGGCUCACCAAUGUUUAUUUCUUGAUUUCUGUAAGGUGAAAUGCUACCCUCCUGGUGGCAUACUCUUUACAUCAAAUAACCAAAACAUUUUGUCGAUAUCAGGAUGUGCAAUAACUGCAAUGCUAAAAUAGAUUUUGUCACUGUGUAAUAGAAAUUGAUCGGACACAUUCAUUCAUAUGUAGGAUAACACCACAUGGUUUUAGAUAUACAACCGAAACUAAUGUAUUAACUGUGCGUCAUAGGAUUACUGAGUUCAAAACGCCUUUAGAGCAAGUAUCCAUGCUUUGAGUAAAAAGUGUCUCAAAAGUA